CGACACACAGAAACAAACUUUAGAUCAGGUGACAGGUUCAUGUUUUUUUUUUUUUGUGAGCUAUUAGUUUUCACGGCUCACGUUUAAGAACUAUUUUUUUAUGUUGAUGGUUUGUUGGUACAUUUGUAUCUUUAAUGGGCCGGGCUUGUCUGAGCGUGCCUCCGCGCUCCACGCGCUGCCUGCGGGCUUUAAGAUGCUCGCUAUCACGUGUAACUUGUGACAGGUCUCUUCCUCUCUCUUUCUUCCUCAUUCCGUGUCCGAUGACACCCCAACGUGCGCCCUCCAUUAGGGGGGUCCUUGUCGUUCUGCUUCUUUUUUGCUUCUUAAAUGUGCAAGCUUUAAAAUCCCAGCUCUUGUCCAGACUUAGUGCCGCGAACGCGCCUGUCGCAAACGGCGUGUCCUACGUAACCAAGUACUUCGAUCAGAAGAUUGAUCACUUUGGAUUUUUAGAGGACGGCACCUUCAAGCAGAGAUAUCUUGUUAAUGAUGACCACUGGCAUCAGAUUGGUGGCCCAAUCCUCUUCUACACUGGGAAUGAAGGAGACAUUACUUGGUUCUGCAACAACACAGGUUUCAUGUGGGAUGUUGCUGAGGAACUGGGUGCCAUGUUGGUGUUUGCAGAACAUCGGUACUACGGGGAGUCUUUGCCAUUUGGAAAAGAGUCUUAUAGCAGUCUCAAGCAUCUGAACUAUCUAACAUCUGAGCAAGCCCUAGCGGACUUUGCGGUGCUCAUCCUGCACCUGAAGGCUACAGUGCCUGGAGCCACCAAGAGUCCUGUGGUGGCCAUCGGAGGCUCCUAUGGGGGGAUGCUGUCAGCCUGGAUGAGGAUGAAGUAUCCCCAUCUGGUGGUGGGGGCUCUGGCCGCCUCUGCUCCCAUCUGGCAGUUCACCAACAUGACGAGCUGUGGUGUCUUCUACAAAAUCGUGACCAACGAUUUCACCAGACAUGGCUUGGAUUGCUCUGUGAGCAUCAGAAAGUCUUGGUCGUCAGUUGACAAUGUUUCUUCCACAGAUGAUGGUCUGACUUGGCUCUCCAAUGAAUUCAGCAUGUGCUCUCCACUGAAGAAGCAGGACAUGCAGAUGUUCAAGGCCUGGCUUCAGGAAACCUGGGUGAAUUUGGCCAUGGUCAACUACCCAUAUGAAGCCAACUUCCUGCAGCCCCUUCCAAGGUGGCCCAUCCAGGUGGUCUGCACACAUCUGAGGAACGCUUCAUUGCCAGACAGACUCCUCCUGCAGGCGAUCUCCCACGCAGUCAGGGUGUACUACAAUUACACUGGUGAAGCAGCUUGUCUUGAUAUUUCCCAGACUGCCACUGGCAAUCUGGGCUACCUUGGCUGGUACUAUCAGGCUUGCACAGAGAUGGUGAUGCCGAUGUGUACCGACGGUGUCCAGGACAUGUUUGAGCCCCAGCCUUGGGAUUUCCAAGCCUUUUCGGAGGAAUGCUACAAACAGUUCGGAGUGAGACCACGCAUCGACUGGGCCAUUACUAUGUAUGGGGGAAAACAGAUUCAUUCCCACAGCAACAUAAUCUUCAGCAAUGGAAAGCUGGACCCGUGGUCAGGUGGCGGGGUGAUGGAGAGCCUGACCAGCAGCCUGGUGGCCAUUGUGAUUCCCGAUGGCGCCCACCACCUGGACCUGCGCUACAACACCAACUAUGACCCAUCCUCAGUCCUCCAUGCCCGCGCCUUAGAGGUGAAGUACAUCCAGCAGUGGAUUAAAGAGGCAGCAGAAAUGACUUGAUUAGGCCUAGCCUGAGCUCCACCCCUGCUGUGUUCAGGGUCUCAGGUAUUUUGGCCCAGUGGUGCUUUUCCAAAGACUGUCUGCUGACAGAACAAUGAGUUUAAGAUGCUGGAAUUCACACACGUGUGACUGUCUCUGAUUAUCUAAGCGUGAAGUUUUCUACUAACCUAUACUCCGUAUUUGUUUACUGAAAUCGCUAUGGCUGUACUCUCACCUGUUUUCAUGGUGAAUUAUUUGCACAUUGCAGGCAUGUUGAUUAUAAAAUGUACCAGAGCCAGAUCGCUCAAGUGUUACACUUUGCUUUGAACUGCUUCCUCUAAAAUCAUGUCAAACAACUAAAUCUUGGUAGCGCUUCACAAUAUCUGCAUUAAUAGAACAUUCAUAAGUAAGAUGUAUACUUACACAUAAGAUGUAAGUAUACCUUAAAAUCCUAACACACCUUAACAGCUUUAAUACACGUCAAUAACUAACAUCUCAUGAUUAUACCAGUGUUUCCCAAUCCGGUCCUUGGGGACCUGCAGACAGUCCACGUUUUUGCUCCCUCUCAGCUCUCAGAAAUGGGGACAGG